AUGUACAAAAUAAACUUGUUUUUAAAAUAAAAGCAAGAACAAAAAUUAAAGAUAAAAAACAUUAGUGAUCACAUACAUCUCCAUCCUCUUAGUGAUAGAAAGGAAAUCGCCCCGGUGAAUAGGAAUCGGAGCUCCCAUUUCAUCAGCUCUUGUGAGAAUCUCCCAUCCAUCUCCAUCCUCUUAACCCUAUUUCAGGAACCCUGGGGUGACUGGGUUAGAAUCCCACUCAGCCUGAUCUUGGCAGUAGGAAUUUUCUAGAAUUAGGCGAGGCCAAGUAGUCUGUUUGGCAACUCGGAAGUAAGAUAGCUUUAGUUAAGUAUGGUACUAAAGUAUGUCUAAAAUGUCGGUAUAUCAGCAUCCGGCUUAGCGAAAGGCGUUGGUACUGUCUUGCUAUUAGCAGAUGAAGGUGCGUAGAAAGCAGCAGCUAAGAUCUCAGUCUCAGGUCCCACCCUCAAUCAGACCGGGCUACAGACGAGAACUGUUUUCAGUCACUAGUCUGACUAAAGAAAAAACGGAUAGGGCUAAGAAUUUCUUUCAUAAAGCAUCCAAUCCUGCUCUGAGAACAAGCUUGGCGAGGUCUUCAGUGACUGAGUUGGAUGAGAAUGACAUAGAUGUAUCAAUCGCUGGAUGUUAAAUAUGUAGACACAUAAGAAUUGUAAGAAUGUCCAAAUCCUGCACUGUUAAGUCUGAUGGUGCUUGCAAAGGAAAUCCUGGGAAAGGAGGCGCUGGAGCUGUGAUACUCAAUUCCAGCGGAGAUGUGGUUGCUCGCGUGCACAAGCCUCGGACUUUUACUACUCAUAAUCGUGCUGAGUAUGAGGACUUGAGUCUAGGACUUGAUAAUGCUCGUGAAAUGGGCUACGAUGACAUUCAUGCAAUUGUUGAUUCACAGCUUGUCCGCAAUCAGGUUGACAGAAGAUGGAAAGUCCGAAGCCAAGAUUUGUAUGAACCUUACGGAAGAGUUGUUGAACUGACCCGUGGGCUGAGCAGAUUUGAGAUCAGCCAUGUUCCAAGGGAAUACAAUACUGAAGCUGAUGCAGAAGCGAGCAGGGCCUUUGACGAGUGAGGAUGGUGGCAAAGCUUUCAUGGAGUACUUGCCGAGGCAGCAAUCACUUGUUUAAUACCAAGCCUUAUUAGUCUCACUAUGCUGUGUAUCCGUAUAUAUAUGAUUAUAUGUUUAUAUGUUUAUAUGUUAUAGAAACAUGGUAACUAAAGCUGCUUUCUGCGAGUAUUCCUAUGACUGCUAUAUUCGCAAUAUUAAGUAAUUUGCUCCCUUAUGGAUGACUGGACGGUGUAUGGCUCAUCUUAAUAUUAUGUUUCCUUUGGUCA